AUGGCUAAUAUGUAUAAGGUAAUACAUAAAAAAUUGUUUUUAUGCAAAUUACGACCUAGUUACGACAUAUUGCGUAAAUCAGUCUGCACCUCUAGUUGUGGCGUUUGUUUUUUAUACAGCUUGGAGGAAAUAAUUUACGGACAAGCCCAACAAUAUAAAUCGAACGCUAUUAAUAUUCAAGUCGUUUGUAUCCCAGUAUUAGAAGAAACUUUAUUAGAAAAGUGA